AUGUUGAAAAAGACGUCAACAGGAAGUUGGAUGCCGGCUUGGGUCCCCGAGUCGACAUUCACUGUUUCGAUACUGUUGCUUAUCUGCUCAAUUGUUCAGUCUGCUACAGGCGGCUAUGACGGAUCUAUGCUGAAUGGUCUGAAUAUUCUUCCAUCUUAUACAGAUUACUUCCGCCUCAACGAGGCAACAACGGGCCUUAACACAUCAUCUGUCUUUAUUGGUGGUUUCCUAGGACCGUUAGUAUCAGGCGUUGUAGCGGAUCGAUUAGGCCGUCGCCCUGCCAUAUUUUGGGGGUCUUGCAUAACUAUCGUGGGAAUCAUUCUACAGACGGCUGCGCAGGAUAUUGCCAUGUUUGUGGUAGCACGAAUUAUUCUUGGAUUUGGAUCUCAAGUAUCUGGUAUUGCCGGAGGAGUAUACCUCGCAGAGACAUUCCCAAGUCGAUGGAGGGCUUGGGGCGUGGGACUCUUGAACGAUUUCUUCUAUGUUGGAGCCUUGAUGGCAGCUGGUAUAACACUUGGUACUGGCCAGUGGCAGUCGACGUGGGCAUGGAGAGCUCCCUCUUUAUUUCAAGCGGUUUUCUCGGGCCUUUGCAUCUUGACCUUGCCAUUCAUUCCUGAAUCCCCUCGAUGGCUUGUUCACCAAGGAUAUUAUGAGGAGGCACGCCUCUCUGUGGCUCAGACAAACGCAAACGGAAAUCUGUCGGAUCCAAUAGUCAUUGCUAUAUUUAAAGAGAUUGUGGACACUUUGAAAUGGGAAAAGGAGAAUGGAUCGGCAAUGAGUCCCAUGGAGAUUUUCAGAACACCCUCUGCUCGGAAGCGGCUUCUUAUCGGGAUGUCCCCUGGACCAUUUUCUUGUAUAGCUGGAAAUAUCAUUGCGUCGUACUACUUUGGUUCCGAGCUCAACAGCGCAGGUAUUACUGACACGAACGAUCAACUGAAAGCAAGUGUUGUUCUAAAUGCUUGGUGCUUGAUAUGCUCCCUGAUAGGAACUCAACUUUUGGCUAAAUGGGGAAGAAAGCCAACAGCAAUGCUUUCACAAAUUCUUUUGAGUGCAUGUCUAUUCAUCAUUGGCGGAUUAUCGAAGGUAUAUGCUGCUAAUCCGAAAGACGCGUCGAACUCUUUGGUUUACGGAAAUGUGGCCAUGAUGUUUCUAUUCCAAGGCUUUUACUCAAUUGCGUGGACACCACUUCUCUAUCUUUAUCCCCCGGAGAUCAUGAAUUACUCAAUUCGUGCGAAUGGAGUGGCUUUCUCUUCAUUUGUUCUCAAUGCAUUCGCGUUGGUGUUUACUUUCAUUAUGCCAAUUGGACUUGGAAACAUUGGCUGGAAGAUGUAUAUGAUCAACGCGUCUUGGGACCUCAUCAUACUCGGUCUUAUUGCAUACUUCUGGGUCGAGACUAAAGGCAAGACUCUGGAGGAAAUAGACGCCAUCUUUGAAGGGGAGAAGCACUCGUCCGUACCAGAUGUUGAGAAAAUUCGGCGGGGACAAAAGGUCAUUGACACGGAGGUCCUUGAGGAGCAACUUGAAGCAGAGUUGAAAAUUCAUUAG